AGAUCAUAAAAUUGAUUUAACGAGUACCAUUAUUAAACAUUACGCUUUUUUAUUUGCUGAAGUAUAAUGUUUUGAGGUAAUCUUCCAGUUUUGAGAGGUAAAAAAGUAAAUAAAAAUACAAGGGAAAUAACUUAACAUCUUACUAGUAUUAUCGUACUCUCCCCCACCCACCCGUUCGCGAGCGCGCAUUUUUUUCUUCAUAUUCAUUCGCAGCAAGUUGUUUUACACCUAUUAUACUAAUUUUUUUUAUUUUUGAGCUCGGGUCAAACGAUUUAGUUUGACCGUUAUUGCCCUAUAUUGGAAGAUUACCAUAAGUUGUUGUGCAGCCGGUACAAUGAUAUUCAAUCACGUGUGUGAUUUAUAUAUAAACAGUUAACUUCAAUCACAUGUGUGAUUUAUUUAUAAACAGUCAAGAAAAAAAAAACACAUUUCAGAGUAGUACGGUUAAUACUAGUAAGACGUUAAGUUAUUUCCCUUGUAUUUUUAUUUCCUUUUUUUUUACCUCCUUAAACUGGAAGAUUACCAUGUUUGGAAUAUAUUACAAUGUUACCCUAAAAAAAAACAUUCGUUUUAUCUACAAUAUAUAGGUGUAGGAGUGGCUAUCUGGUCAGUAGCUUGCUUACGAACCGCAUGGUUCCGGGUUCAGUCCCACUGCGUGGCACCUUGGGCAAAUGUCAUCUACAAUAGCCUCGGGUCGACCAAAGCCUUGUGAGUGGAUUUGGUAGACGGAAACUGAAGGAAGCCCGUCGUAUGUAUGUAUAUAUAUAUAUAUGUUUGUGUGUCUGUGUUCAUCCCCACAAUAUCGCUUGACAACCGAUGCUUGUGUGCUUACGUCCCCGUAACAUAGCGGUUCGGCAAAACUACCCGAUAGAAUAAGUACUAGGCUUACGAAGGAUAAGUCCUGCGGUCAAUUUGCUCGACUAAAGGCGGUGCUCCAGCAUGGCCACAGUCAAAUGACUGAAACAAGUAAAAGCGUAAAAGAGAGAAAAAUGAAACUCAUAAAAAUAUAAUUCAAAGUAAUAACCUUCACCACGUUACAUAGAAAUGUUUCUACACAAUAAUGACAGCAGAAUUUCGUCAUUAAUCUAAUAUUGAUUUAUUUUCAUUCUCAAACCCUAAAAUUAUUCUAAAAACGAGGAAAGUAAUUGAAACACACGGAACAUACCAAUGUGAGGGACAUAGAUGUUUUAACACCGUUUUUAACCAUGUAGACAAUAAUAAAGCGCGCGAGUUCUUACAUUUCCACCUUUUAGAAGAUAAAAUAUAUAUCAACGAAACCAGGACAUAUUUAAAGACUUAUGUUGAAAGCAGAGAAAUAAUUAAAUGUUCCAAGAGUAUUCUAUUGUGUAAUAAGCAUCUUUAAUUUCUAGGACAGAUCUAGUUUACAACUGACAUUUAAGUGAUCCAGUUAAUUAGAGAUGAUUGCUAAUUAACUAUGAAAAGAUAAUACUACAGCUUUCUUCAUUAUGUCGAUGUGAAAAAUCUAAACGAAGGUUUGUUGUAAAAUAUAGAAAAUGUGUUGUCGCUGUGAUGGUCCAGUCUGAGUUGUGACUACUUGAAUAUUUUGUGACAUCUUCAUCAUUGGCUCUAUAUUAAUAUAAUAUAGAUGAUGUUGCCAUAAAAGAAUUAUUUACCUGAGAUCCAUCAAUAUUUAUCAUCCUUUAAAGACAGAAAGACUCUAUGGAAAACAUUACCAUCAAAUAGUUGAGGUUAACAGCAGAAUUUCCUGGCUUCUCUGUCUAGAAUGUGUACAAGAUGAUUUCAUAUUCAAAUUAAAAUUGGAUUACAAAGGAGUUUGCAGUAUAUUCAAAUAUUAAUCAAGAUUACAGUUGAUGGAAAUAUAGCAGAAGCAAAGAAAUCUCUAUAUUGUAGAGAAAGAGAUAAAGAAUAAUGGAAAAUGAAAUACAUGAAAACAAGGUCCAAUAUAAUACACAGUGGCAAAGAAUAAAUUUCCCCAAUUAUAUUAAGAAAGUGAAAGGGAAAAUAUUAUAUCUGUGAUAUUUGUAAAAGGUCAUUCUCUCAUAAAAGUAACUUAGCAACUCACAGACGUGUUCAUACAGGAGAGAUGCCACAUAACUGUGAUAUCUGUGGUAAAACAUUCUCUGUAAGUAGUCAAUUAACUACUCACAGACGUACUCAUACAGGAGAAAAGCCAUAUCACUGUGUUAUCUGCGGUAAAUCAUUCUGUACAUAUAGUCAAUUAACUGUACACAGACGUAUUCAUACAGGAGAGAAACCACAUAACUGUGAUAUUUGUGGUAAUUCAUUCUCUGAAAGUAGUCAGUUAACUACUCACAGACGUAUUCAUACAGGAGAGAAGCCAUAUCACUGUGAUAUCUGUGGUAAAUCAUUCUCUGGAAGUAGUCAAUUAAGUAGUCACAGACGUAUUCAUACUGGAGAGAAGCCAUAUCACUGUGAUAUUUGUGAUAAAUCAUUCUCUGGAAGUAGUCAAUUAACUAGUCACAGACGUAUUCAUACUGGAGAGAAGCCAUAUCACUGUGAUAUUUGUGGUAAAUCAUUCUCUGAAAGUAGUCACUUAACUAGUCACAGACGCAUUCAUACAGGAGAGAAGCCAUAUAACUGUGAUAUCUGUGGUAAAUCAUUCUGUACGAAUAGUAAAUUAACUGUACACAGAUAUAUUCAUACAGGAGAGAAACCACAUAACUGUGAUGUUUGUGGUAAAUCAUUCUCUGAAAGUAGUCAGUUAACUACUCACAGACGUAUUCAUACAGGAGAGAAACCAUAUCAAUGUGAUAUCUGUGGUAAAUCAUUCUCUCGGAAUGGUAUGUUAGCUGUACACAAAUGUAUUCAUACAGGAGAGAAGCCAUAUCACUGUGCUAUCUGUGGUAAAUCAUUCUCUCUAAGUAGUAAUUUAACUAUUCACACACGUAUUCAUACAGGAGAGAAGCCAUACCACUGUGAUAUCUGUGGUAAAUCAUUCUCUCAAAGUAGUAGCUUAACUAUUCACAAACGCAUUCAUACAGGAGAGAAACCAUAUAACUGUGAUAUCUGUGGUAAAUCAUUCUCUACGAAUAGUAAAUUAACUGUACACAGACAUAUUCAUACAGGAGAGAAACCACAUAACUGUGAUAUUUGUGGUAAUUCAUUCUCUGAAAGUAGUCAGUUAACUACUCACAGACGUAUUCAUACAGGAGAGAAGCCAUAUCACUGUGAUAUCUGUGGUAAAUCAUUCUCUCUAAAUAGUCAUUUAACUACUCACACACGUAUUCAUACAGGAGAGAAGCCAUAUCACUGUGAUAUCUGUGGUAAAUCAUUCUCUAUAAAUAGUGCCUUAACUAGACAUAAACACAUUCAUACAGGAGAGAAGCCACAUCACUGUGAUAUCUGUGGUAAAUCAUUCUCUGAGUGGGGUAGCUUAGCUACUCAUAAACGUCUCCAUACAGGAGAGAAACCAUAUCACUGUGAUAUCUGUGGUAAAUCAUUCUGUCGAGCUGGUCAGGUCACAUCUCAUAAACGUAUACAUACAGGAGAGAAGCCAUUCCACUGUGAUGUGUGUGGUAAAUCAUUUGCUGUCAAGUGUCAUCUAAAUAGACAUAUCAGUGUUCAUCAUGAUGUGUGAUUCUGUAUCAAAAAUUCAGCUUGUAGGGAAAUAAAAUCUAAUAAUUGGUAUAACUGAA